CACCCCUUCCACUCUCUUUCCUUCAAUCAUCAUAUAUAUAUACAUACACACACAUGCAUAACAUUUAGAAUUUACAAAUGGAUCAACAAAAGUCAAAGUCAAAGAACACAAUCUUGAAGUUCCUACCAAGAGCAACAUCAUCAAUUUCGUUUCAAAACCCUCUCAUCCACAGUCCAAAACCAUCGGAAAAACCCCACAAAUCCCACAUCGGAAUCACCUUCUCCGGCCCCUUGCUUUCCACCGAUCAAACUCGCCGGAAAAUCAAGAAUCACUCGGAUCACACUAUCACAUACGAACCCACGUCUCCAAGAGUCUCAUGCAUGGGCCAAGUAAAGUGCAAGUACACAAAACAAAAACAAAAACCGAAACCCCAACCCACCGGAAAAGAUUUCCGGCAGAAAUCUGCUACACCGGACAGGACACGUGGCGGCGUUGACGUGCAUGCUUCACAUACAGAAAGUAAGGGCAAGAAAAAACUAGGGUUUACGAAAUUAUUAUCAUUUGGCGGGAAAAAACAAGACAAGAAGUCAAACGUUCCUAUGUUUCUUGAUAAGGUACCGAGUUUGAGUACGAUGAAAAGGUUUUCUAGUGGUCGGGAAAAGUUGUCGGAUAUUGAUUGGACGAGAAAUAGUAUGGCCGUAGAUUCCGGUGACCGGAAUUACGAUUCUGAUGAAGGAGAUGUUAUAGUCCCGUCGUCUGCACCGGUGGUGAUACGAAAUCCGUUAGGGUUUGAUGAUAAGUUGGUUAGGGUUGCGGGAAAUACGGAGCCAAGAAAAGAAAUUAAUUUGUGGAAGAGAAGAACCAUGACGCAACCUAAGCCUCUCCUCUUGCAUAAGAUUUAGUUUUUUUUUUUUUUUUUUUUUUUUUUUAAUUAGAAAAAUCUUUUUUUUUUUUUUUGGAUUUUUUUUAAUUUAUUAUUCUUUAAUUGUCUUGAUCGAUUAUUCUUUGAUUGAUUCUCGUCAUGAAUGUAAAUAUUCUUGAAAUUAAAGG